UACACCAAGAAGAAGUACACCGAUAACGAAAAAAUCUAAUGAGCCCUGGCCUCACCCUGACCGAGAUUUCACGCCGUACGCCAACAUGCUCUCAGCUAUCUGGCCUAGUCUCCGCCACGGGAACUUCACAUACGCUGUCAUUUUGGAUGAUACCUUGAAUGCCUUCUCCCACUAUCAUCGGCCAGACAAAAUGGUCUACAACGAUCCAUGCUCCUUACCCACUGCAAUCAAAUGUGGAACCACGGGAAACAAGUAUGCCAACAUUGCCUUUGACGCGGGGACAUUAGUGCAUGGGAAACGAUAUUACAUAUGUAUCCACGCUACUGCUGUGAACCACAAGUAUGAGGAGUGGACAGAAACGCUACCUGAGGUCAACGCGUGUAGUGAUGGCAUCACAUUAGAUCUGACCGACCCCAAGCCAGGGAAUGUAUGGUUUGGUACUGAUGAAGUCACAGAGUCACACUUUCAUACGUCGAAAACAGAACUGGCUCUUCACUGGUCUAAUUUCGUGGAUGUUGAGGAGGAGGGACAAUCGCCAUUCAACACAGGAAUAAAGUAUUAUGAAUAUGCAAUCGGCACACGAGCUGGCGUACCGGACCUUGUAGGUUUUACCAAUGUUGGAAUGACGGAUCAUGCUAUGUUACAUGGACUGAGGCUGCAGGAUGGUCAUACAUACUACGCUAUGAUAAGGGCGACGGAUUACGUGAAUUUGACGACUACAGCAGUCAGUGCUGGUGUGACAAUUGACACAACACCACCAAUAAAAACACCAGCAAGGUUAAAGUCUGAACACAAUGGUACUAUCGCUGCAAGUUGGGAUGGCGUAUUCUCAGACGCCGAGUCUGGCAUAUCACAUUAUGAAUGGUCAGUGGGUUCCGAGGAAAGAUAUGCGGACAUCCUACCAUACACAAGGACAAACCAGACCUCUGCUUUCACUGGGACCCACCUCAACCUACAUGAAGGUCAUGUCUACUACAUCUCAGUAAAAGCCUUCAACAAAGCAAGUCUUUCUUCCCUGGUCGCCGCCUUGCCUGUGAUGUACGAUGUAUCUCCACCACUCAAAGGUUACGUGUUUGACGGGAAAAGAGACCAGGCAGCUGCGAAACACAAGGACAAGAACUUCCAGUGGGACGCCGACCAUAUCUGGGCUCACUGGGAUGGCUUCACCGACCCACAUUCGGGCGUAGUGUCCUACAGCUGGUCGGUUGGGACAUGUGUUGGUUGUGGUGACGUUCUUAGAGACCAUCCACUUGGGGCGAACACGGAUGCUGUCACCACGGAUUCCGAGGUAACGCCUCGACCAGGACAGAUUUAUUACGUAACAGUUACUGCCUGUAAUGCUGUAGGACUAUGUACAAGUGCCUCGUCAGAUGGUGUACUAAUAGAUAACACGCCACCUGUCGUCGGUUGGGUACAAGAUGGAAUUGACCUCAGGGACACUGACUAUCAGUUGUCAAGGGAUAAUGUUGGGGCGAAAUGGUGGGGUUUUCUUGACCCACAUAGUGGUAUAUCCCACUACUCCUGGUGGAUUGGCACGACCCCUGGUGGUGAUGACCUAAUGAAGGAGGAACGCCUCCAUCACACACAAAUGGUAUUCUUGCGACAGCUACCCGGUGGAGUAAGACUUCCAGUUGAUAAAGACAUCCACGUCACAAUCGGUGCAACUAAUCAAGUUGGCAUGUCUUCCAACGCGACCUCCAAUGGAUUCAAAGUGGUCACCUCCGCACCAGUCAUAGUUCAGCAUCCAACACAUCUCCGAUCAAUGGGCUCUUUCUUCAGAAACACUCAAAUCUUAGGAACCGCAUUUGGUGUCGCAUGGAAAUUCACAGACGCCGGUUGUCCGAUUGGAGAGCAAUACAUUCGACUGGGAACUGAUGGAGUACACAUGGAAGAUGUGCCAACCGUUCGGAUUGGCAAUACCGUCAGAAGCUACUACUUUACGAACGUCAGUCUACACGAUGGGACAAUUUACUAUGCGUCUGUCACAGCGUGUAACCUAGCCAGAAGUUGCACUACCAGCACCAGUGAGAAGGUCCUCGUAGAUAAUACCCCUCCACUUACAGGGGGUUUUACAAAUGCCACGUACUUCACCUGGAAUUCUACAAGCUUGUCAUUGUCUCUAACUGGUUUCUUUGACAUCCACUCCGGCAUAAGACAUUACGAUAUUGGUGUGGGAAGCAGCUACGGGGCAAGAGACAUCACCAAUGGAACACUCAUUCGAUUUCAUCAUGUGUCGUCCAAGCAACUGGAACAAUUUGAUGGUGACGUGCAGAGUGUUGUACUGAUUGGGAGCAAUAUCACGAAGAACCUGUCGGCUGGAACGUAUAUCUAUGUUUCUGUGACUGGUACUAAUGGGGUUGGAUUAGAGAGUGAUGUUUUACAAAAGAAGUUCAGGUUGUUGGAGGGCGGUGGCCUUGCCCUUAUUAGGCAAUGUGAAGCAGAGCUGUGUGAUGGUCAUUGUGUAUGUUCGCCACAAAAUACAAAGUGUCCAAGAUCAACGAAGGAAUGUUCAAUAAGUAGAACCGAUGCGGUCAAUUUAACGGUGUUUGAUGUCAUCGACUUCCGUGAAGAUUCCACUCUUCUAGACAUAGAUUACAGCCCUUCGACAUGCCUGAUGGCAGCGCGCUGGAAGUUAGAUCCGUCAUCAACAAUGACGCCAAUCAGUUAUGAUGUUGCUGUGGGGCUUGCCUCCUCGUCGGAGCCGGACGGGUUACACAUGAAGGGUAACAUCGUGUGGCGCAAUGUUGGGCUCAGCAACCAUGCUAUACACACACGAGGUCAACAUGAUCAUUAUUUAUAUGAUUACGUCAAGUACAGUUUCUUCGUGAAGGCCUGGAUCAGUAGGACAGAGUAUACACUUUUCAAAUCUGACGGUGUAUACCCAUCAGCCCGUCCACCAGCUCUGGCAAAGAAACAAGCAGCUCAUGUGAAGGAUUGCCGCCAAGACGACGUCAAUAAUGGAACUCCCAAGGCCAAGGAUGUGGACUGGUAUAACCGACCGAACUACUUUUGUGUGUCUUGGAAGAACGCCUUUAUGGACAGAACGUCUGAUCAUUGGGACAGGUAUUACGUAUCGCUAAGCACAUUUCCUGGCGGGGAAGACAUAAAACCUCAACAGGAAUCAACAUCGUCAUUUAUGGAAUUCCAUAACUUGAGUCUUACUCCUGGUAGACAGUAUUAUAGCAACGUGAGGGCGUGUAAUAAGGCCGGACUAUGUAACGAGAGACAUUCAGAUGGCGUUAUCAUAGACCUCGAACCUCCACUGGCUGGGGUUGUUCUGGAUGGACCAGGUUUGCACGACGAGCAGUACCAGAACAGAACACACCUCGUGGCGGCACACUGGAACGGUUUUGUAGACCUCGGCUCCGCUAUCCAUUAUUACAUGUGGUGUGUAGGCACUAACCAAGAGACUGAUGAGUGUGAUGUGUGGCCUUGGACAAAUGUUGGAUUACACACAAGAAUAAGGAAAACGGCAACAUCUCAUUUACCAGCUGGACGUAAGAUCUUCAACAAAGUUUACGCAGUAGAUUCCGCCGGAUACCACUCACGUGUUGCAGUCUCCAAUGGCGUAACUGUUGACAUCACACCGCCUGCCAUUCUAACCAAACUUAAGUUUGGAGACAACAUAGUAAACAACCCAUCAUUUGAAGAAGAUCAGGGAAUCAGUAUGGCAGCUAUAGCCAACGUCACUGCGAGUAGCUCACCACAGCAGAUCCAGGGUUGGCAGGCCAAUAAAACGGCCACUGCCUUCUCAGUGAAUGAGGCGGCAUUAGCCAGGGAAGGUCGACAAUUCCUAUUCCUCAUUGGUUCGCUCUACCAGAAGUUGUCUGGCCUCGUGGUCGGUGAAAGAUAUAUCAUGGAGUUAUAUGUCAGCAAGAUCCUGCUACUCAAGUCUCGAAAUCCGUCUCAAGGCGGUAGAGAAGGUACAAUUCGACUUCCAGAUGGCGAGGAGUAUGUAUUCAAGGUGAGAAGCAGGACAGGCCACCACGACACCUCCAGCGGAGCAGCCACCUAUUGGAUCAAGCAUAUAUAUUACUUUAAAGCUGAGUCAGCUACUGGGAACGUCAUUAUUUCGACUGCUGGGCAAGGAAAUGCUAUUGCAAUAGAUGACGUUUGCAUUAAACAAGUCCAAGAUGGCCAGGAAUCGGAGGCAAGCAGUGAAAUGAUGGAGUCGUCAAUGCAUGUGCAGUAUGUGUUCACAGCUGACUGGAUGUCUCUUCAUGUUGCCUGGGAAUUCGAAGAUAAUGAAAGUCCAAUUGUAGAGUAUAAAGUAGCAGUUGGGAGACGGAUUGGUGGCUCACGACUGACGUACGGGUACAGGUCUGUAGCACUGAACACGUUUGCUCAACUUACAAACCUCAGUUUGACACAUGACUCGACUGUAUUCGUUACCGUCAUAGCCAGGAAUGCGGCCGGACUCAGCACCUAUCUAGCCUCGGGAGGAAUCAAGGUAGACAUGACUCCACCUAUCAUACAUUACGUUUGGGACGGAGAUAAAGAAGGUCAAGACAUUUCUUAUCAGGGCAACCCGACAGUCAAAGCGCAAUGGAAGGCCACUGAUCCAGAAUCGGGAAUACAGUUUUGUGAAUAUGGAAUUGGUGCUACCCCUGGAUCCGUAGCUACACAGCCAUUCACUAAAGUCCAGCUAGGAGCUACGCAUAUUUCACAUACCCUAAGUGAACAUUUCCCUCCGGUAAUCUACACAUCUGUCCGCUGUUACAACUUUGCGGGUAGCUCAACGACCGUGACAUCAAAUGGUGUUGGAAUCACUCUAUCGAAGCCGAGCAUUAAGAAUGCAGUGGUUAGGAUCCUGACAAGAUCAGAAACAGUCUACUCAAACCAGGAGUACGCGGGGAGUUCGUUUCAAAGCCAGGCAGAUGAGUUGUUCUUUCAGUGGUUUGGCUUUGAUGACCCUAGUGGAAUAGACGGGUAUGAGAUAAAGGUUAUCGGAAAGGGUGUGUGGGACCAAACGAUACAGGUUUCAGACGGAGGCAUUACCGACAUGAGGGUUACUGAUCUCGGUAUGACAGAUGGCAGCACAUAUUCGGUCGAGGUUCGCGCAGUAAGUGGUGUUGGCAGGAAAAGCGACACGGCCAGCUCUAAAGUUACUAUCAUGAGGCAACAUCCCACGCUGAUAGGGUCAGCUCCGAACCUCUACUGGACCGUCCUCAACAAGACUUUUAUCAUGGACUGGUCGACACUCUUCGAACAGAAGUCCGUCUUUAGUUAUGAAGUUAGUUUGGGGACUCUCCUAGGUGGCGCUGAUAUUAAGCAAUGGCUGGAGACAAAGUCAUCCAAUAUGACAUUUGAACUUGAGUCUCACUGGCAAAGAAGGACCACAUUUCAUGCUACUAUUACGGCCAUAAACUCAGCCGGAUUGUAUACGACCACAGUUUAUCCAAUUGUUAGGAAUUCAAUUAAACCGGUUGUAACUGCUAAAAUUGGUUAACCAGUAGUAAAUAUGAAGUUAUGCUGAGAAUGCUCAGUCACCCCUUCUAAUAGGUAAGGCAUCUUCAAACAAAUAUCCAAGUAAAUUGGGAGGGAGUAUGUUGAAGGUUCAAUUCGUAUUUUUUUCUACUUCUCGCAUUAUGUAUUUUUACAUCUUUUAAACGUUGUUACCCCAACGCGCCAAGGCAGGAAUUAGAGAUACGUCAGGCUAUUGCUUUAUGCUUUCGCCAAAUUACUCUAGAAUCCCGCGGGAGGGAACAGAGCUUCUGCACCAGCGACAUGACCGGCGACUGACCAAUUUGCAGUAUUUGACCAAUCAGGAUCGCCGAUCAUUAUUUUGGCCCCUGUCGUAAUGUUGGCUUAUCAUAACAUCAUGUAACAUACACCACAACCAAGUUGAAUUGUUGAAGUUCAUGGCUAUGAACGAUCAGAUUCUUUUAAAUCGUACCACGCCUAUAGGCGAUCAAGCGUGUGAUUCACUCACUAUACAUUAAUGAUAGGUCUUUAGAAACAGAUACAGUGUAAAAUAAAUGCAAGUCCCCCCGGAAUCUAAGUCUGCUCCUUUUGUUAAAGUGAAUAGAGUCGCCGAGUUCCUUUGUUGAAGAUUAUCUAGCUAACCCUAACCAAACCAUUAACCACAUUCUUUGACACAGCUAUUGCAUGGGGUCCUUAUUCCUAGGACGUCCAUUCCUUUUACAGCUGCGGAAAGAUGGUCGGGGCAGAAGUUAAAGCUGAACUGCAUGCACAAAACCGGAGCACCCCAUGCGGCAAUAGUAAGAAAUUCAAACGACCGAAAGACCCU